UGCAUCUAUGGGUCUGCACGGCUGACAGGAUAAAUCCAGCUUCUCUUCCACUCUCUCUCUCUUUCUCUCUGGCUCUCUCUCUCUCUCACACACACACACAGACACACACACACAGGUGCUGCUCUCUGGCAACCCCUCACUCCCUCACACACACAUUCAAAACACACAAACCCAACAGAGGGUCGUAGUUGGUCCACUUUUCUGGUGCCGAGGAACUUGACAUUUUGCCUUCAUGGAGGAUUACCACAAACCUGACCAGCAGACAGUGCAGGCGCUGAGGAACAUCGCCAACCGCCUCCGAAUCAACUCCAUCAAGGCAACAACUGCAGCAGGCAGCGGACACCCCACAUCAUGCUGCAGUGUGGCAGAAAUCAUGUCUGUGCUUUACUUCCACACCAUGAAGUACCGCCCUGAAGACCCGAGGAACUUCAACAGCGACCGCUUUGUCCUGUCCAAGGGUCACGCUGCUCCGGCCCUGUACUCCAUGUGGGUGGAAACGGGCUUCCUGAAGGAGAGCGAGCUGCUCAGUUUGUGCCAGGUUGACUCUCCCCUGGAGGGCCACCCAACCCCUAAGCAGCAAAUUGUGGACGUAGCCACUGGCUCCCUGGGGCAGGGUCUUGGUGUGGCCUGUGGAAUGGCUUACACUGGGAAGUACUUUGACAAGUCCAGCUAUCGUGUGUACUGCCUGCUGGGGGAUGGCGAGAUGUCGGAGGGCGCUGUUUGGGAGGCCAUGUCGUUCGCCUCCCACUACCAGCUUGACAAUCUGGUGGCCAUCAUGGACAUCAACCGUCUGGGCCAAAGUGACCCUGCGCCCCUGCAGCAUCACGUAGAGAAAUACCAGAAACGCUGUGAAGCUUUUGGCUGGCAAGCCAUCAUUGUGGAUGGCCACAGUGUGGAGGAGCUUUGCAAGGCUCUGAGCCAACCACGUCACCAGCCCACCGCCAUCAUCGCUAAAACCAUCAAGGGCAAAGGCAUUCCAGCUGCGGAGGAUAAGCUGGGGUGGCAUGCCAAACCUCUGCCCAAAGACAUGGCCGAGAUGGUCAUGAAGGAUCUGCAGAGCCGCAUCAAUAACAGCAGCAGCACCAACAAGCACCCACACCCUAUUGCUCCCGUAGACGACUCCCCACCGGUCAGCCUGAGGAACAUCAGGAUGCCGAGUGCACCCAGCUACAAGGCUGGCGAAAAGAUUGCCACACGGAAGGCGUAUGGGAUGGCGUUGGCCAAGUUGGGCCGCUACAAUGAACGUGUUGUGGUCCUUGAUGGAGACACCAACAACGUCACCUGCUCAGAGAUCUUCAAGAACGAGCACCCCAACCGCUAUGUGGAGUGCUACAUCGCUCAGCAGAACAUGGUCAGUGUUGCCACGGGACUUGUUGCUCGUGAGAGGAACGUGGCGUUUGCCAGCACUCUCGCUGCCUUUUUCACCCGCGCCUACGACCAGCUCCGCAUGGCAGCCAUCUCAGAAAGCAACAUCAACCUGUGUGGUUCGCACUGCGGCCUGUCCCCUGGAGAGGAAGGCCCCUCUCAGAUGGCUCUAGAGGACAUGUCUAUGUUCAGGGCCCUUCCCACUGCGACCAUUUUCUACCCCUGUGACGGCGUGUCUACAGAGAAGGCCGUGGAACUGGCUGCAACCACAAAGGGUGUUUGCUACAUCCGAACCAGCCGUCAAGACUGUGCCAUCAUCUAUAACAGCAACGAGGACUUCCAUGUUGGACAGGCUAAGGUGGUGUACCAGAGCAAAGAGGACCAGGUGACUGUGGUGGCAGCUGGAGUGGUUUUGCAUGAGGCCCUGGCUGCAGCUGAACAUUUAAAGAAAGAGAGGAUCUCUAUCAGGGUCAUUGACCCCUUCACAAUCAAACCGCUGGAUGCCAAAACCAUCAUCGACCACACGCGUGCCACCAGGGGACGAAUCAUCACCGUGGAAGACCACUACAAUGAAGGUGGCCUUGGGGAGGCAGCGUCCUCAGCAAUGGUCAACGAGUCUGGCAUCAACCUGCAUCGUCUGGCUGUGUCCCACGUCCCCCGCAGUGGCAAACCACACGAGCUGCUCAAAAUCUACGGCAUCGACCGCGACGCCAUUAUCCAGGCCGUCCGCAAGAUGCUCAGCAGCUCUACCAACGCCAAGUAACUUCCUGCCAGCCCCACCCACCCACCUAUCUGAUCACACCCCUGCAGAUGAAGAUAAACCGUCAAGUAUGUUUUUGAUUCACAUGACACCCAGCUCUUUAAAUUCCUUCACCGUGAAUGCCCCUAUGUGUGUACUGAAGUAAUGUGAUUUUGUGCUGUACACUUUGAAGUAGAGUUCCACAUUUACCUUUCUUUUAUGCAUCCAUCACAUCACACACAAGAACAGAGAUACACACAUUCAGACACAUGUGUCCUCACUCCAAAACUCAUUCAUAAAUACAGUUCAGUGAUCAAAAUGUGGCCAUAACUUACUUGGAUGCUCACCAUACAAAACAAUACAUAAGUCCAUGUGAUGCUCUCGUGUGUUUUUUUUAAAAUGCUCUUUGAUUAACUCCAACUGGAAAUGUUUUUAUAUUGUUCUGACGUAGCUCUUGGGUGGGGCGUAGUUUUAAAGUAGUUUAUCAUGACCGUAGUGUCAGAAAUAAGCUAACUGAAUUGUUGUUUGUAGAAAGUAGUGGAGAAAAAAAAUCAAACAAAUGUAGGUGGGUCAUAAAGAGCAGUCACUCAUAACCACAACAUCACAUCUUCAGAUCUUUUAAACUUGUGUGGUUUCAAAAGUUGUGUCAUUUCUCUUCAGUAUUUUUUGUUAUUUGAUUUUAAAGUUACCAUCAACCUACACACCUCAGUGUUCAUUUGUGCUAUAGCUGUACAACUGGACCAUACAUACCAGCAGUGUGACGAUAAUCAUUAUGUGCUCAGUGACGUCAUCUUUUUUUUACAUAAGGCGGAGGUGCUGAUGGAGAAUAUGGCUAGCUGUGACUAUGAAGCUAGAGUUACACCUGACUUGUUAACCCAACGAACAAACACUUUCUUUGUUACUUGAAAUUUUGUAUGUACCUUACUUUCAUGUAAUAAAGCCCUCUGCAUUUGA